AUUGCGUCAUCAGUACGCGCGGGGCAGAGGAGUGACGUAGGCGAAGGGGAAGUGCGAAGCCUUGGCCUUCAUAGACCCUCAUCUGAGGCUCAGGAAUACUGCUACGUUGAUUUUAACGCCGACCUCUUUUUAAAUCCCGGCGGAAGGGUCUUCUCCAGUUAAAAUGUCUAAUGGUUAUGAAGAUCACAUGGCUGAAGACCUCAGGGAUGAUAUCGGUCGGACGAAUUUAAUUGUGAACUACCUGCCCCAGAACAUGACCCAGGAUGAGCUGCGGAGCUUGUUCAGCAGCAUUGGAGAAGUUGAAUCUGCCAAGCUCAUUCGAGACAAAGUUGCAGGACAUAGCUUGGGUUACGGCUUUGUGAACUAUGUGACGGCUAAAGAUGCUGAAAGAGCGAUAAACACACUGAAUGGCCUGAGGCUUCAGUCCAAAACCAUCAAGGUGUCGUAUGCCCGCCCCAGCUCCGAGGUUAUCAAAGAUGCAAACUUAUACAUUAGUGGGCUGCCACGGACAAUGACGCAGAAAGAUGUUGAAGACAUGUUUUCACGGUUUGGCCGCAUUAUCAACUCGCGCGUGCUGGUUGACCAGACUACAGGUUUGUCCAGAGGGGUUGCGUUCAUCCGGUUUGACAAAAGAUCAGAAGCUGAAGAGGCCAUUUCCAGCUUCAACGGUCACAAGCCCCCUGGCUCCACUGAGCCAAUCACAGUGAAGUUUGCUGCUAACCCCAACCAGAACAAGAACGUGGCGCUGCUCUCCCAGCUGUACCACUCGCCCGCUCGGCGGUUUGGGGGCCCCGUCCACCACCAGGCGCAGAGAUUCAGGUUCUCUCCUAUGGGUGUAGAUCACAUGAGUGGGCUUUCUGGUGUAAAUGUCCCAGGAAACUCCUCUUCGGGCUGGUGUAUCUUCAUCUACAACCUCGGCCAAGAUGCCGAUGAGGGAAUCCUCUGGCAGAUGUUUGGCCCCUUUGGCGCGGUGACUAAUGUCAAAGUCAUCCGCGACUUCAACACCAACAAGUGUAAAGGCUUUGGCUUUGUGACAAUGACAAACUAUGAAGAAGCGGCCAUGGCCAUAGCGAGUCUUAACGGCUACCGGCUGGGGGACAAAAUCUUGCAGGUUUCCUUCAAAACCAACAAGUCCCACAAAUAACUUCGCUCAUGGCUUUUAUUAUUAAUAUUUUUUUUUGUAUGAAAUAGAUAAUUGAGUGACAGAAAAAGUUUGAAAAAAUCUUUUUUUGUUUUUGUUAGUGUACAACUCUCUCUUUCUCUCUCUCUCUCUCUUCUCUCUGCGCCAAUUUUCACAGAAGUUGUUUUGUCUUUAGUCUAAACGAGAAGUGGAAAAGGGUUUUAUAUUCUGGGAUGCCACCAACAUGUUCAAAUGUUUUGGGGUUUUGUUUUUUGUUUUGUUUUGUAUUUGGAAGUCCUGCAGUGUUCGAUCAGUUACAUAUAUUUUAUUCUUUUAAAUUUCCUUUUUAGGGGGUUCUGUUCCCCACCUUCCCUGAGCCCCCAGUUUUAAGUGGAUUGUACCAACUCGGCUCUCGGCAGCCAGUAACAUCCGCUAGGCAGGUUUUCCUUGAAGAGUGGCUGAUCGCUCAUAACACAGAGUCUGCCAAGGCUGGGACUCCAUCUGAACUUCAGUGUAGCAUGGCCCUGGAUGAAACCUGGAAGCAGUGGUUUUAGUUAGUGGCAAGUAAUCCCUUUGUCACAUAAAUAGGUAGUUGCAAUUAAUUUGUAGAAGGGUUUGCCUCUGAAAAGAGAAUCUGGUGAAUGAAACUGUGCCAGCAUUCAAUGACUCUGUUGACCAGGUUAGUUGGUUGGUAGGCAAAAUCCAAACUGGAAAAAUGUGUUAUGGUUUUGUCCUCUUUUCUAUAAAAGCCCAGUUUCCCAUGUCAAAGGACCAAAGAGUUUCAGAGAAACUCUGAGAAGAUUUCAGAGUUUAAAAAGACAAACAAUAUGAAACUCCAAACCCGGUGUUGCCACUUUCUCAGAGUUCUUGUCUCCAAACAGCACCUCACAGUGCAUUACUUUCUGACAUAACAAACCAGGCAAGAUUAAUGUUUAACCUCCUUUCAGAUACAGUUCUUAGUUUGGAUUAUUAAGUUCUUAGGUUUCUUUUUAUAAAGCUGUUAUGAACAUUUGACAUAAUUUUUUGCAUCCCAUCUAAUAAGUACUAGAUGAUAUUUUUUUCUUUAUUUUAAUAAGGGUUUUGUUCUGACAAAUAGCUUUACGUACUGAAUACUUGGCAGAAAAAGUACAUUAACAUUGCAAGUUAAGAGAUUGAAGAAACUCAACAUUUUGAUUUUUGUAGACUUAAGGUUUAAUCAGUCCCCAAAGUUUUCUUCAGGCUGCCUUGAAACUUUGAGUUCUGUUUUCUGUUAAUUUUCUUUUGCUUUUUCGUGUUUUUGUUUGUUUUUACUUUUGCAUUUAAGACCAAUUAAAUUUGAUUUUGUUUUGCUCAAA